AUGAGAAUCGAUGGAGGUUACGAAGUUAUAAAGAAGGCCAUUGACAAUCUUAGAUUAAGGCAUGAUGAAUACAUUGCCGCUAACGGAGAAGGCAGUGAGAGUCCUCUCACGAGAAAGCAUGAAACUGCCAAUAUGAAAACAUUCAAAUGGGGCGUGGUGGAUCGCAGAGCCUCUAUUAUGGUUGGCAUGGAGAUAGAGAGGGAUGACGAUCAGUUUUCUUCAGUUCAAUGGAAACUCCCUGCUCAAGUUGCGAGCACUUUAGUAUAUUUUUUUGGGAGGAAUUCUGAGGUAAAGUACCAGAUUAUAUUUUCUUAUGAUCCCCACCCCCAUUUAUGGACAAACUCAUAG